GAUUACUGUGUGCGUAAUUUGUAUGCAAACAAGUGAAAUUAAAUACAAAAUUAUUUUUAAAAAAUAAUAAAUGUGUUGAUAAAUAGCAGCCUUAAAAAUGAUAAAUAUAUUCAAAAAUUUAAUAUACAAAAAAUCCGGGGAACCAGUUAUCAAAAUUGAAAAAAAUGAUUCGCAGGACUCAGGAAUUGAAGAUAUUAAUAUACAUGAUGAUAAUAAUGUAUCAAGUAAUGUUGAUUCUGGUAAUAAACUAAAUGCUGUUGAUGUGAUUGAGUUAAUAAGUGAUGAUGAAGAUGAUGCCAAUGAUUUGAUAUCAAUCGAGAUCCAAGAUGAUGUCCCUGUAAAAAGUAUUUCUCAAAUUGGAAUUACGGAAGUCAAUAAAUUAUCAAACUCGGAUGACAAUUCGGCAAUAAAAAAUAAUAUAGUAUCUUUGAUUCAUGAAGAAGUUAAUGGUGAACUAAAUGAUGAUAAUUUGAAGUUAGUGCACCAAAACUCUUCAAAUUCAGAUUUGAUGCUACUAUUACCUGAUAAGAACUUAGUUUGCCAGGAAAAUGAAUUAAGCAGUGAAUCAUUGACUGCAGAAACGGAUUGCCAGAAAGAAAAUAUAAAUAAUAGUAAUGUGGUAUCAAAUAUGAUUACUGAAAAUGAAAAAGAAGAUGGUAGCAAUAAAAAUUCAAUGGAAAAGAGUUUGGUGCUUGUUGAAAAUGAAAAAACGAGCGUUAUUCAACAUCGAGUAUUAACGAAUACGACUAUCGCUACAACUCAGCAAAGUCAUUAUUAUGUCAUCAACAAAGCACAUGUUCUUAAGUCAGCCCAACAUGAAUCUCCAAUUUCCUCAAGUGAAAAUUCUCAAAACAAUAAAGUUUUGAUGUUCGUUACUCCCAAAAGAAAAAAAAAUCAAAAUAUAUCUUCGGAUGCUGAAGAUAAUUCAAAUUCAAAAAAUUAUUUAUUAAAUCCAGUCCAUGUUGUUUCUUCAACGCCGGUUCUUGCAUCGCAAAAUAAAAAAUCAAUCAAAGUCCCAUUGAAAUUAAAUCACAGCAGUUUUAGACUCGAUGGUAGAACAUUACCGCCAGCUAAAAAAGUAUUUUUAAAUACUCAGUCAUCAUCAAAACCAACAGUUGAAAAUUCUAAUGAUAAAACUACAGAGACUGCUGCACCCACCCCAUCUGUUCCUACUCCUUGUUCUGAAAGCGGAACUUCAAAUGCGAAACCAAAAGAAUCAUCAGCAGGAAAUAAUACAGAGGCUGUUACUCCCAAUCUUCCAGCAACUGCUGACUCUCAGUCAAAUAUUCCAGUGGCUAAAGAGCCGAUAAUUCCAUCGAAUAAAGAAAAUGUUACAGGUGAUACUUGUACUGUACCUUCUAAUUUUCAAGCAUCUGCUCCUGCGGCUGAAAAAUCAAACCCAACACCGACAUCUUCAAAAGAAGUCCAGACGGAUCAAGAUCCGGUACCGAAUUGUUUGAAACGUAAAAUUACUGAUGAUAAUUCAACAACUGCGUCUUGUUCUCGUUGUCAAGAAGCUCCUCCAGCUAAAAAACAAAAGACACAGUCAUCAAAAGAGAACUUGGAAAGUGAUGCUGCCAUCAAUACUGAAGGUUCUGAUGUAAUUAUACGUUUGGACGGAAAGUCAGCAAAUAAAAUUGAAAUAUCAAAUGAAUCAUUGGAAAAUGGGCAACAACGACAAAUUAUAAGUCAAUUUUUUGAUGAAAUAAAUUCUGUUGUUAUUUUACAACCACCAUCGGCAUCACAAUCAAUAAUAAGAAUAGUUAAUAAACGGUUCUGUCACAAUAAUCAAAAGUCAACGGUUAAUACGUCACCAGAAGUUAUUGAUUGUGUUAAUGAAACUUCAAAUAAUAAUGAAACUUCUAAUACUAAUAAUAAUAAUAAUAAUAAUAAUAAUAAUAAUAAUAAUAUUAAUAAAGAUUCAAAUAAUAAUGAGAAUUCAAAUACCCAAAAGACAAAUAAGAGCAAUGAAACGGCUAAUAAUAAUGAUAAUCCUAGGGAAAAUUCGAAUAACAAAAAUACUAAUGAUAGUGAGAGGCUUCAGAAUGAAACUUUGAAUAUUAGCGCGACCCCUAAUAAUGAAAGUUUAAAUAAUAGCAAAAGGCCGGAUAAUGAAACUUCAAACAGUAAUCAAUCGUCUUGUAUUAAUAAUCAAUCGACUAACAAUGAAAGAGUAAACGUCAAUUUGAAUUCGAAUGUUAGUGAAAAUUCAAAUAAUUUAAAAAAUUUGAAUUCAAAUGUAAAGAUUCCAAAAAAUGAAUCAACUUCAAGCUCUGCGGUACCUUUACAAAAAACCGUGAAACCGGAAGUUAAUUUUGCUGGGACAUUAUCUCCUUCUGGAUGGUUACAAUACGGCACUCGUUUACUUAACAGAACUGAUAAAAUUUGUUUUACUGGUGAAAUUGAUGAAGAACGUCAGACGGCAAUAGAAAAACUUGGAGGACAAAUUACAGAUGAUCCAUUAGUUGCCACUAUUUUGGUAGCUGACAAAUUUCGAAGAACAUUUAAAUUUAUUUGUGCAAUCUGCAAAUCCAUUCCUAUUGUCGCGACUCAGUGGAUCAAUGAUAGCAUUAAUAAAAAUGGUUUUGUUAACCCACAUGAGUAUAUACUGAAAGACGCAGAAGCUGAAAAGAAUUAUGACUUUCAACUGAAAGACAGUCUUAUGAAAGCAAGAAAGAAACAGCUUUUAAGUGACUACACUAUUGUUAUUACAGCGAGCGUUAAUCGUCCGAGUGUUAAUGAAUUAAAAAGUAUUAUUAAAUUAGCUGGAGGUCGUGGGUUAGUAAGAGCUCCGAAAUACUGGGGACCCAAAUCCAUGAUAAUAAGCUGUGAUGAAGAUGCUUCGAAAGUACGAAAAAUACUAGAAAAAAAACCGCAAAAUAUUUUGUGUCCUGUCGUAACGACAGACUUUAUUUUGUCUAGCUUACUGAGGCAAGAAUUGCAAAUUAAUACUCAAAACCUCAAAGUUGAAAUGAAAUUAUAAAUUUUAUUUAUUUAUUGUUAUUUUAAAUUACUAGAAAUAUUUAUUCGUAAUUAUUUAUUAUUUAAAAAACAGUCUAAUUAAAAUCUAAAACAAAAACCUGUACGUAUUUAAAUAAAUGCGUCAUAUUCAAAUUUUUUUAGUUCUACUGCAGUUUCUACGUCAGUUUUUGAUUACCAAAAAUAUUUAUUCAGGUUUUUUUUAAAUAUUUGAAUUUUUUUAAUCGUAUCUAGGAUUCUGUGGUCUAAUAAAAUAAAAAAUAUUUUAAAUGACUAAAAAUUAAAAACGGUUUGAAAAACUGACCCUAAAUUUCUAGUUAAUUUUUACGAGUGUGAAUGUAGCAGACAU